AUGUCUGAAGAAGCUGUGGUGGAUUACUCGCCAGCUUUUGCGCCCUUUUUUGGGUUUGCAGGAUGUGCAUUUGCCAUGAUUUUCUCAAGUCUGGGGGCAGCGAUUGGGACUGCAAAGUCUGGUAUCGGUAUUUCUGGUGUUGGUACUUUCAAGCCUGAAUUGAUUAUGAAGUCAUUGAUUCCAGUUGUGAUGAGUGGUAUUCUUGCGGUUUAUGGUCUUGUAGUUGCGGUUUUGAUUGCUGCUGGUUUGUCGCCGGCAGAUGAUUAUACGCUAUUUAAUGGGUUCAUGCAUCUUGCAAGCGGAUUAUGCGUAGGGUUUGCAUGUUUGAGCAGUGGUUAUGCUAUUGGCAUAGUGGGAGAUGUUGGGGUACGGAAGUUUAUGCAUCAGCCUCGGCUAUUCGUGGGGAUUGUUUUAAUCUUAAUUUUUGCAGAAGUACUAGGCUUAUAUGGGAUGAUUAUCGCGUUGAUUUUAAACACUAGGGGUUCUGGAAACUAA